ACACUAGAAUGUGUCCCAAAUAUAUUUUAGCACCAUUAAAUACAUUAAAUUGUAUCAGAUACAAUUACAUUCCAACUAUUUGAGAGAAACGUAUGUCCAUUCUUAAGGCAAGGUCCUCACAUUUCGAUUGCUAUCUCGUACGGUGAGCUGUCCAACAGAACAGACGUGAGGAGAAGUUGACGAGCAUUAGCUAGCACUCGUCUCUUUACGGAGUCAAAAUCUAUAGUAAUUUCCCGCUUGUUCCGUGUGUGGUGAAGGCAGCAGGAGACCAUGGACGUGGUCCGGGGGUUAUUGUGCCUGUUCUCGGUGCUGGUAUCUGAGAUGUUCAUGGUGGCCGCGUUCUCCCAGAGCAUGGACAGCGACUUCACAUUUACACUCCCUUCCGGACGGAAGGAGUGCUUCUUCCAGACCAUGAAGAAGGACGCAUCGCUGGAGAUAGAAUAUCAGGUGUUGGACGGAGCAGGUCUGGACGUUGACUUCAGCCUGUCCUCUCCUACUGGACACCUUCUGUACAGCGACCACCGCAAGUCAGACGGAGUACACACUGUAGAGACGGAGGACGGAGACUACAUGUUUUGUUUUGACAACUCGUUCUCGGCAGUAUCAGAAAAGAUCAUUUUCUUCGAGCUGAUCAUGGACAACAUGGAACAGGAAGGGGAGGAGCCAGAGGACUGGAAGGAGUACAUCCAUGGGACUGACAUGUUGGACAUGAAGCUGGAGGACAUCAUGGACACCAUCAACAGUGUUAAAGCCCGGCUGGGGAAGAGCCUUCAGAUACAGACGCUGCUCAAAGCCUUCGAGGCCCGCGACCGCAACAUACAAGAGUCCAACUACAACCGGGUCAACAUGUGGUCCAUGACCAACAUGCUGGUGAUGGUGCUGGUGACAGGGGUGCAGGUCUACCUCAUUCGCUCGCUGUUCGACGACAAGAGACACACACGCACGUAACAACCCUCCCACUGGGAGGGGUCGGGGAGGGACAGGCAGCUCUGUCUUGAUCAGCCAGCCAAUAGGGAGUGGGGACUGGUGGUGAAGAUGCAACCGUAACUCAUUGGUUUUUAUGUACAACAUGCACUCACAUACAUCACACAUCCUUAGACACAAAUGACCUACCCAUCCAGUCUCUUCAUCUGCUCUGUCUAGCUGCCAGGGGACAUUAUUCGUAUCUGCUCUGUCUAGCUGCCGGGGGACAUUAUUCGUAUCUGCUCUGUCUAGCUGCCGAGGGACAGUAUUCGUAUCUGCUCUGUCUAGCUGCCGAGGGACAGUAUUCGUAUCUGCUCUUGUCUAUCUAAAAAUCAGUGGAGGGUGAGACACCAGCCAGACCUUCAGAGUCAUUGGCUUUUAAAAGCGAGCGUAACGAACAAGUGUUUACCAUUGAUAUGGUAAUGUUACCUCUCAACUUUGUCUUCCAGACACUGAGGUGAGACUGCCCUGUCUGUCACAUCUUUCAAUGUCUCCCAGUAUAUGAUCUGUAAGUCAUGUUGCCAAGCCUUUUACUGGAGUAGGUUGUUGAUAUACCUGUAGAGAUUUUGAUUUAGCAGUCUGUGCCAUACUACCAAAACUUUUGCCUUCCAAACCGUGGCUGGAGUGGACAGCAUGUGCACGCACACACACACUUUCACACUCUUUCAGAUACACUCACACAAUCUCUUACCCACACACUAACACAUUUCUUCAUAGAAACAUCUGUUGCCUGCCAGUGCCAGCCCUCCUUUCUGUGGCUGGCCUUUUGACUGCUUGGUGAGUAGAGUAGGGGAAAGGGAAUAGUUUAUUCCGUAACCCUCUAAAUCACUGCUGUACUCUUCCACUCCCUCCUCCUCCUGACUUCCACCUAUAACUCAUGUCCUGAUGGUCUAAUGUCAGACUUAGUGCCGACAGGCGAGUCUGGUUUCAGUCCUACAGACUGAGAUGUGGAGUCCGCUCUGCCCCUCUUUUUCUCUAGUGACCACAUUCUAUUUCUAACAACCACACCCUGCACCUCAUUGGGGCAUGGAAGGUUUCUUGGAGAAGGGUUGCUUGGGACUGAAUGAGGUGGGGAGUGGUUGGGAGAUCCACUAAUUGACUUAUUUGGCUUUAUUUUGUAGGUUGUCCAAUAGUGUACAUGACAGAGAUACAAAUGUACACACUUGUGGUUGAUACACCGAUAUGUGCCAAGAUUUUGGAGCAGCCAAACAAGUUGUCUGAAUGCUCUCUAAAUGCUCCCUAUAUUACAGAAAUGUUCCUAUAAAUACUCACUGUACUGCUGUGUUGAGUAACACCACACCGCCAUCUUGUGGCUGGACAGUGGACUGCUCACAAUCUCACCUCUAGGACUGGCUUUAAAAAUAUAUAUAUAUAUAUUUUUUAAAUUGAACCUUUAUUUUUCUAGGCAAGUCAGUUAAGAACAUUCUUAUUUACAAUGACUGCCUACUCCGGCCAAAUCCAGACAAUGCUGGGCCAAUUGUGGGACUCCCAAUCACGUCCGGAUGUGAUACAGCCUGGAUUCAAACCAGGUACUAUAGUGAAGUCUCUUACACUGAGAUGCAGUGCCUUAGACCGCUGCGCCACUCGGGAGCCCAGCUUUCAACCUAUCACUGCUUUGAAAUAUGAAAUAUUACAGUGAUUCAGUAUCCACUCUCUUUGACAAUGAAAGAAUAACAACAUAAAAUUGUGAUGUUUGAGGGGUCUUGCAAUGUGCUAUUAUGAGCUCCCUCAUUUACAGCUACUCAAACCAUUGGGCGAGUUAGUUUUGCAUAGCAUGGUGCCCCGGAUGGGCAGAGUUUACGCAUUUUAGACCAUUUCAUUAGUCCACCUACACCGGGUCAUGCCAAAUUAACUCGCCCAUUGUAAUGGUUGUAUUGCCACUGCCUCUCUCUGCCCACCAUGGUCUGUCAUUAGUAUUUUAGCUGAUGCUCAAACAAGCAUCACAUUGGGUGAUUUUAAUAAGUGAAAUUAAGUGUUUAAAAUCCACAGAAUUUCACUGUUCUGUUCCAACCUUUUGUUCCUUUCUGAACAAGACAAUAUUAUAUUUUGAAGAACAGACUCAACUCUUACCCUACAGACAAGUUGUUUAGGAUAAAGUGUUUUAUUUUACUAAUCUGAUGGAACAAAGAGAGGAGAAAAUAUUCUGGGAUAUUUAUCAGAAUAAUGUUCUGUAGAUGUAAAUGAAACAAUCACGUCACGUGAUUGUCACGUUGUUUCCUUUGACUUCAAAUGGUUGGUAGGUUGGUGAGAAAUAAACUUUAUACAGAU